AUGGUGAGGGUCCCUGCACAGGGCUCCUCUUCUGUGAUGGCUCUGCUGGUCUCACUUCCGGGAGGGAAUCAGGCCAUCACUUGGAUCCUGCCUCUGCUGAUGUCAGCUGCUUGUCUGCAAGCUGGUAACUCAGCAGGAUCCAACAGAGAAAGACCCUUUGGGGUCAACCAACCAGCACGCCUCUAUGGUGUCCAGGGCGGCUCCAUCGAGAUCCCCUUCUCCUUCUACUUCCCCUGGGAGUUGGCAGAGGAUCCACAGAUGAGGAUUCUCUGGAGAUGGAAGAACUUCCAUGGGGAAUUUAUCUACAACUCCACCCCACGUUUCAUACAUGAGCAUUUCAAGAACCGGCUCAUCCUGAACUGGACACAGCCUGAGACAUCUGGAGUCCUCAGAAUCCUGGACUUGAAGGAGAAGGACCAGACAGUGUUCUUCUGCCGAGUCCAUCUGAACACAAAAGAAGGAGUGUAUAAUAUUCAGUCGAUUCCUGGGACUCAACUGACCAUCAUCCGUGCCAUCAGGACCACCAUGCAGAGCCCCUCCAUCAUCACCUCUGCAGUCACCACAGCUGGCCUGGAGGACACAGAGGACCAGAGGAAUCCUUCACUUGUGAACCUGGGAGCCACGGUCGGGGUGGUGGUGGCCAUGGCUGUGCUCAUAACCCCCGUCUGUGUGUUGAUGGUCUUCCUCUGGUGGAAGCCAAG